GGCGUAAGUAGAGGUUUGUAAAUACAGAUAGUGCCUUGACCCCGCGGCUGAAUUUUGACUGAGGGCUGAACUAUAAAAGUCUCAACUAAACAUGUUCACGAUAUUCGUCCGGACAUUUUAAAACAUGAAGGUCUGCAUUUUGGCAUUGGCUCUUUUGGGGUGUAUUGCCCUUGUGUGGUCGGAAAACUGUCAUACUGUGGCUGACUGUACUGAAACCCUUUGCCUUCAUUUGGACCAUCACAUCACAUGUGACUGGCCGCAAGAAUGCGACAACGGAAUAUGCCAUGGCUGGUGCUCAUGUGGGACACCUAGAGAGUGCGGUGCCACAGGUGAUUGUAGAGGAACUAUAAACUGUCAAGACCACCAGAAGGAACCACAUUGCAUUGAGGGCCGAUGCAAAUGCAUCGAAAUAGACAACAACUAGAUAUUCAAUAUUGUUACUGAACAAUGUUGUUUCGAAAUAAAACAGGCUAGAAGAUA